AUGCCCAAGGUCUCACUUCGCAGACGCCUCAUCGACGGUGCCUAUGCCUACGCGCGACGACUGCAAGCCUGGAGGACACGAGAGAGGGAUAGGAGGGAUAGGGAGGAGGAGGAGGAGAUUAUUGGAGGACUUGGGGUCGGGAACAAAGAUGACGAAGACGUGGUGUCGGACUUGGACAGCUCGAUGGAUGUCAGUGAUAUCUCCUCAGUUGCGUCUGUAUCAUCAUCGAGUGCCUCUGAAUCCAACAACUUUGACUCGGAGGAUGAAGAAACCCAAAGAUUUCAUGACCACUACUUGGCAAUACGCGAACGCAUACAGCAGCUCGAGAGCGCACGGACACUUAAGCCCAAGACAAAGGUUCACAAGAAGUCUCAGCUCCAUCUUGUCCUUGUGCUGUACCGGCGAGACGAUCCCCACCGCUUCCGCCGCAACCUUCGUGUCGCACCUGACACCUUCGAUGGCAUAGUGCAUCGCAUUGAGAGCCACCCAGUCUUUGGAGGGGAGGAAGAAGGAGGACAUCGACAGCUGCCGGUUGACCGGCAGCUCGCCAUUACUCUUUUCCGGUUCGGACACUUCGGGAACAGACACACGGGAAGCACGCAUGACUCUACAGCAUUUGCACAAUCCCGGACGUGCAAAGAUCAUGCUCAACUCAUCGGACCCAACGAGUGGAUAUGGGCAGACUCAGCAUAUCCGGUCGAAUCAUGGUGCGUAACACCCUUCAAGAAACCUGCCAACCGCCUCCCUGAGAACAAGACAUUCAAUUACUGGGUCUCGCAUGUCCGGAUUCGAUCGGAACAUGCUGUUGGCUUUUUGAAGGGACGAUUCCAAUCUUUGCGUGGUCUUCGCCAACAGAUCAAGAACGAGAAGGAUCACCUGCGAGCUCUGGAGUGGAUUCGGGCAUGUCUGGUUUUACACACUCUCAUCCACAUCAUUGAGUCGGAGGGAGGCUCGCUUGAUCAAGAGUGGGUAGAGGAAUUGAUCAGGGAUGGUGAGUCAGAUGUCGAAGAAGAUCGCGAGGAAGAGGCACCGAGGCGACGGGGGCAGGGUGGCCGAGAGACUGCAGGAAACCGGAAGAGAAGGAAGCUCAAGGAGGAUCUCUUUGCAAGCGGUGCUACUCAUCGAUGA